UAAGCAAGUGUGUUAUGAGCUCGGGUAUGGUAUGCAAGAACUCUAAUCGAGAUAAAUCGUUUUCAACAUAGUAAACAGGGUAUUAAAGCAUGUCUUUGUUUUGAACUAGAAGCAGCAACAGCAACAAUUUACACCGCUAUGCAAUGUGGGAGAAAGGUUUCACUGCAGCCAGUGUAGGACGGUUAAUCUUCCAGUCGUCUUUACAAUUCCACCGACAUGCAUCCACUUCUAAAUACUUAAAAAGACUUUUGGAUGGGGACAAAAAAAAAAAGAAGAAGCAUUUUAACCCGGGGACUAGCACUACCACGACUGGGAAGUAUGUGUCAGAGGAAAGGAAAAUGCGUUUUUUUCGAGUAAGCCAGGUCAUUUAUGAAAAUGUGGUGGACCUUGUAGACAGUGGUGAACUUGAUCCAUACAUUCCCACUCUGGGGAUCAGCAUUUCUGAGGUUGUAUGGAGUCCAGAGAUGAAUUCUAUAAGCAUCUACUGGAAAACAGAUUCAGAUGAUACGGAGAAAAGAGAUACUGUUAGAAACCUUCUCAACUCAAAGGCAAAGAAACUUAGAGCUUUAUUAAUCAGUAGGAAAAUCUCAGGACACAUUCCCAAUGUCCAGUUUGUUUGGGACAAAUCUCAACUGCGGUAUUCUCAUCUGGAAUACAUCGAUAAGAUGCUGUCAGUAGCUGAUUAUGGACCGGACUAUGAACUACAGAAAUACUCGCGAACCAGAAUGCAUCAGGAACUUCCAAUUCUACAGACUUCUCCCAGACUACUAGAGAAGUUGCAAAAAAUUAAUGAGGAGAAAGACCCUGUAGCAAUGAAUAAAGUCAUUAUGAAAUCGUUUCGGGAUGAUGUCUAUGGAUUAGAUCACACGCUGCUGGUUAACUCCAUAAAAGAAUCCAAGCAAAAACUAAAGUCAGGUCUGAAAAAGAGGGAGAAGAAACUUAUGAAGAGCCAGAAAGAAUUUAAUUCUAAAGGAGCAGGCACAGAUAUAGGUCAUCAGGAGGAGACAAGUUUGGUAGACUUGGUCACCAGAACAAAAGGUUUACCUGUAAGAGUAGCUGACAUGCAGAAAAGCUUACUGGAGGAUGGUGAGUGUGAAAAUCUUAAAGAAUCUGAUGAACCAAAUUUUUUUGAGGAUGAGUGGUCAGAUGAUGAAGAGGAUUUUGAUAAUGAGGAUGAAGAACUUCGUAUCACUUGUCACAAAAGUACAGAGCAUGAAAACGGAGAUGUUGCAAACCUUGAUGUAAAAAACCUUAAUUAUACACAAUUGGAAGAUCCCGAUCAUAAUGAAAAAGGCAGUGUGGAAGUGGAUUCUAAACAAAAAACAUCUAUACAAAGGCUUAGGAUUGGGAAGCGGCUAGGAUCAUCCACAAUCCACAGUCCUCUUCGAGUCAGAGACAUGCAAAGUCUGUUAACAGAUGAAAGUGCUAUUGAUGGAGAAAUUGAUUUGUUAGAGGAUGAAUGGUCAGAUGAUGAGGCCAAAGAAGUGACAAAAGAAAGUGACAUUCCAAGGGAUGAAAAACACAGAUGAUAUACCGCAGUGUACAAGGACAGCUGAAUUAAUCAUGUUUAUUGCUUGUAGCUGUGCUUGAUCUGAUAUUAAAGUACUUCAAAACUUACA